UUACAUUACUAAUUUUUGAUUGGACGAAACUUACAACAGAAAACAGUACUAUUGGUGUAUUUGAUGUGUACAAUCAUUGUGAUUGGUUCGUGAGAAACAUAACCAAUAAAAUUAAAUUUCUCUGUGGGUGACAUCGGAGUAGUCAAACAAGGAGGAGGAAAUCAGGUCCAAAACGGUCCAAAGCAAAAUUGAAAGCCAAAUUACUGUACUAAAUUGAGCACCGUCCUCAUAUUAUUGAUGAGAUAUUUCUAUUAUGAACACAACAGCAUCGUUUCCUUCAGAACCUUCAUGGAGCCGACGCUGUUCAACCGAAACCGUUUUCAGUAUUCAAGGACAGGAAACUGAUAUUGUGCAAGACUCGAGUGACUCUGAGUUGGACAGCGAUGAGGACGUGGAGUACGAGCCCUACACCGCCAGCGAGGAGGAGGCGCCGAUAUCAGAGGCAACGUCGGGCCAGAGCGAUGCCGAGCUGAUCUCGACGACGGUGGUGUCGGUGGCGGCGCGCGACGACGACCUGCAGCUGGCCGACUCCGAGACAGGGUCGGCGGCGUCGGAGGCCGAGGGCCAGCUGCCGGCCUACCGAAGCUGUGCACGCUGCCGAGCCGCCAACCACAACACAAGAUACCGAUACUGCGACAAGUGCUUCACGCUCCGAAAGAACUUCUUCCCGCCACGGCCGAGACGCAAGCUAAAACGGGACACUUCCAGCCAAGAGGUCGUCACGCUCGCGCUGUCCCAGGACUCAGGCAUCGAGUCGCUCAACAGCCAGGAGCUGGCGUCCAGCCAGGAAGGCCCUUCGAGCCAGGAAGGCCCCGCUGGCAGCCAGAAGGUCGCCCCCAACAAAGCCGGCGAGGGCCCCUCGAGGCUAGGUAAGCUCAAACGCCGAUCCGAAUCGGCCGACCGGUCCUACAAGCGGCCGAGGCUCAACUCCGGCUCGGAGUCCGAUCGAAACACCGACGAGGUCGAAGUCGCGCCCCUAGUUAAGACGGUGAGCGACCCGGCCGUGACGAUCGAAACGAUCGACUGCAAAUCCGAGAAGGACAACCUCUGUAUCAUAUGCCUCACGGAGCCGAAGUCCGGGGUGUUCGUGCACCGCCGCGUGGCCCAUAUAUGCUGCUGUUACAACUGCGCCGUGAAGGUGUGGUCGAAAGCCCGGAGGUGUCCGAUUUGCAACUGCAAAGUGAGCAAUGUGCUGAAAGCGGUCGUGAUGUGAAAGGCGACGCCUGGCAGGAUGGACGCCGUUCUCACACAGCCGUACUAGGGAUUAACUCUGCCGACGAGCGGCUAUGAUCAAAAUGUAGUUACCAAAUUGUUAAAAAAUACUGCUUCAAAUAAUUCCAGUAUUCAACAUUUAUCUGAUCAGGACUUAUACCAUGUGCUAUUAUUAAUCAUCAUAAUCAUUCCUGUUAAUGGACUGGUGUUUUACUUCGCUAUAAUGACAUUAGGGCGUGUGUUGACGAGCCGGUUUUUACCCGGUCCGGCGCUGGUAAGUGCGUGUCGUGUACGCCCUUAAUGGCACCGACCCGACACUGGACCGGGAUGAAACCGACUCGUCAACACUCGCCCUAAGAACUACUAGGUCUAGUUCAAAACUUGGCAACACCCACGCCACGGCAUUACUCGUCGCCCUUUGGAGGCCUCCGUGAUCAGCAGCUUCGCUCCAUUCUGCAGGCGCUAUCAGUGUAGCCUGGCCCACAGCUCAGUUCAAGCACAAGUUCGUGUCUUUAGGAUUUGUUUGUUUCAGCACUCUCCAUUCUUCACCACACCUCACAUAAUAGAUUUCAGGAAAGUACCGUCUUGUACAAAUAAACAUGCACGCACGUGGUAUAAAUCUCGAUCGGAUUAUUCUUCAACUCACAACUUAUAAUUUCUAAUUUUGGCUGUGUGGUAAUGGUGUCUGCUAUGAAAUAAUUAAGCGAUUGAUAUUAUCAAGCCGGGAUAACCAUUCUUCCCAUAUUUAAGUCGAGAUUAGCUUACUGUCUAAACUAAAUCUAUAUUAGUUAAAUUCGAACGAUCCGAAACGUAAAAUGCACUGUAUAUAAUAUUGUAUAUAGCCGCUUUGCAGAGUUAAUAUAUUCGUAUAAUAAUGAUUAGGUUAGGUUUCGUAUGGAUUAAGUAGGACGGAUCUCAGGUCUGUAAAAAUUGCCAAAAGUCUCGAUGAGUACCUAGUUUACAUUAAAUAUGUGCUGUAAAAAUAAUAUUAACUACUAAUGAUACUCAUUGAUUUAAUUAGUCUUUUAAAUGAGAUAUAAAACUGGGUGACAGAAUUAAAAAGAAUAACUAUCUGAGCCAGGUUAAUAGGAAACAUAUAAAAAUUACUGAGAUCCAAAGAAAAUUUAAAUGAAGGCCGUUAAUUUAAUACAAACUGCCGAUUUAUAAGUUCACAUGUUAUUUAAAUAGAAGUACAGUUGUUUUAGUGGCAAAGUGGCACUCAUAGAAUACAUUUUUCGUCCAAUCUUCUGCCUGAUUUAAUACAUUUCAAAACUAAGAAAUUACUUCAGCUAGAAACUAGAUGACAGGGCAAAUGAGGACUUUACUAGUAAAUGAAUAGUUGUGAAGUAGUGAGCAAGCUUGCGAUUAUAUUAUAUGUUUUGCUAUUGCAAGUAAUAGUUUAGUUAGGUGCAGGAAUCGCCACAGUGUUGCGAUCUCUUCUUAUAAUUAAUUUCUUAUAGCAAAUAAAGUCAAUAUCGACAAAAGUAAAUGUCAAUCCAUGUUAUAAACAGCCUGAUAAUUUUUGAAUAAGAAUCGUCAUAGUGACAUUCUAUUGGCCAAUAUGAUACACAUUAGGUGACUUUGGCGUUAGUUCUGGGUUUUAUUACAUGGGCCAUACAUUUAAAACAUCCCCAUUAUAUUUUUUGUUAAGCACAUUGUGAGUACAGGUUUUGAAGAGAGCGUGGAGCGUAGUUAGCUACUAUUAUGGAAUCUUCCUGUUGUGUUCAAUCGCAAAUCUGUGGCGUCGGAAUUUAUUUUAAAAGUCAUAUUUUCCGAUUACAUGUAGAAUUAAGUUUCCUUUUUUCAUUAUAGCCAGUUAGCUAUAUGUUUUGUUGCAAUUAUUAUAUUAUAAAAUAAGUGCUUUGACAUUGAUUUUCACGGCAUAAGACUAGUCUAUCGUUCGGUCUAUUUAUAUGUAGUAACUGGUUGGCGCAGUGAAUGAGCUUUUAUAUAGUUAGAGCUUGUUAGCCAAUGCACAAUAUAUCGGAGUAUAUUAUAAAGUUAGGUUUAGGUUUGUACAUUGUAUCAAGCAACAUGUAUGGCGAACAUGGCGGUUUAUAUUGUUGUAAAUGUACUCAAUGUUAAGUUGGUCGAGCGGACACAACGCUCAUGUGGGGUCCGCUCUCACUAGAGUGCGUGUGCAAAGAGAAAUACUUAUCAUUUACUAGUAUAAAAUAUUUAAACAAACCUGUAUUUGUUGAAUAAGUAAUAAUAAAUCUUUUUAUUUCGUUACCAGAGGUUUGCUUAUAAUUAAUAGUGAUCGAUGCCUCCUUUUAAGCUUAAAGAAGCCUGUGCCAGGAGACAUCGCUCUUCCUUGGAAUAUUAUGUGUGCUUAAAUACAAUAGGUACUUAUACAUAAAUAAAAGUAAGCACUAAUACUACAUAAAUAUCAACUAUACUAAGUUUUACUAUUUGUUUUCACAUCUGUAGUAACUAAGUACAUGCAAAGAUACCAUUAUGUAUGAAAAAAUCCAAUGAUCAAGUACUAAUGAGUUAAUUAACUUUGUAAUGGAUUCCCGAAGAAGAAAGAAAAUUAAAGUAUUUCAUGUGCUAUUGAUUGCUCAAUUUUCAGCUUUCCUUCUCAGCGUUGUUUUAACUUUGUUUUCAUUCGAGGUUCAAUUAUAGUCUAUCCAAUAUAGCUUGAUUAGAAUGACGGCUGUCAAACGAAUGUGACUAGUGCUGUGUAUGUUUCGUACGGUUCACAUAGAUGUAUCGAUAAGUUUUCGAAAAAAUGAUAUAAAAAAAUGCACCCAAUUUUUCUUCAUAUCUAUAUUCAUAAAAAUGACAAUUAUGAUUUAAAUUUAAAGACAGUAAAAUUUAAAAUUCAUGUCAAGGGUGUACAACCUAAGUCGUAGUCAUUAUCAUCAGUGUUCUUCAGUGGUUUUUUCCUCUCGCUAGAGGGCGGUGGGCAUCUCUUCUAGAGCAACGGUGCUAUGAAUACCCAAAAAAUUACCGGUGAUUGAUUUCCGAUGUUUGAUUAUUUAAGAAUGAAAUGUUUUUUGGUUUUUAAUAGUGAACAUUUAGAAAAAUGUAUAACUUGACUUAAAUAUGUUAAAAAAUUAGUUAGAAAAAAAUUUUGUUAAAUAAUUAGUUUUAAUUUAUAUGACAUUUGUCGAUAUGUCCCAACACUAACAUUUUUGAAACUCGAGAUAACCUUGUAGAGACGUCGUUAAUACUCUAGCUUGAUUUUUAUAAUUUCGAAUUACUACUUAUUGGUGUAAUUUAACGCUGCAUUUACACGAAAUUAACAUUUUUAUUGGAAGCACUGUCGUCGAAAAUAUUGUUUGUAGGUCAGAUGUGAAUUAUUUCUUGUCCGCCAAUAUUUAGCUCUCAUUGAUCGCUACUACAAAGUUAUGUCGUUACUUUUGAUGGCAGCUGUCAUUCUAAUCAAGCUAUAUUGGAUAGACUAUAACAAAAUAACGCGUCUAUAAAUGAUAAUGUUUAUAACAUGUAACACCACUGACCCCUAACACUUAACAUUUAGUGCUUUUAAAUGAAUACCAGCCCUCUGUGCACGCGGGGAAGCUAGGAUUUACUUCUUCAUUCUUCUCCAUACCACCUUUUCUUCACUGUCCUAGCGAGAUCCGCGAACAGAGUAUUUUAUUUUAAUUAUUAGGUAUAGGUUAGUCAUAGGAAUUUCGAGCGUCCUUAUUCUGCCACUAUAAGUGCUCCGCAAAAAUAAUUAAGAUUUAUUGUUUGACUCCUGUUAAAAUUUGUAAAUGUGUAAAUUAGUUAUUGAGAAGUAAAAACAAUGUGAUAAAUACGCUUGAUACGCGGCAAUGUAAAUUGUAGAAGGUUUAUGUCUAAAACUAUCCCACCAUCGUGUCCUACCGUAAAGAGGAUCUAUUGAAUUGUUGUUUUUUUUAUUUAACAUGUUUAUUUUCUUUAAUUAAUAUUUUAAUUUUAAUUGUUUCGUCCAGUUGGGGUUCAGAAUUUGCUUGUGUGCGUGAAAGAAAUAGAAAUGCUUAUUUGGGUGUACCUACUAACUUUGUCACGUGAUUAGAAAUUUAAUUUUACUUGUGAAAAUAAAUAUGAAAUUAACCGCAUGCAGUUAAAGUAAUGUUUUAGUAAUUAAUGUAAUAAUAAUGUAUCACAGAAAUACUUUGGUUCAGUCUUUAAAGUUGAAAAAUACUAAAAGGCUGACUACAAAAAUUAAAAAAUUCCCACUAGAAAAUAAUGUUUUGUUCCUGUAAUUAUGAAAUAAUUUUUAUAGUGCCUAUCUGAUGUGUGUGGUGUGAGACGAACCCCAACGGGCCUCCCGACUUAAUUAUGGGAAGAAUAAACAUAGUUCUUAAGAUUAGGAAUUAAAGGAAAUAUUGAACUAUUGUAGUUAUUUUUAUGAAAAAAAUGAAAAAAGAAAUUUGAAAGAAAAGAUUGAAUAAGAGAAAAAAGAAUGAUUAAUAAAAAUUUUCCUUUCAGCA